AUGGCUGAUGACACACAUGCCAGAAUUGUUAAUGUAGGAGGCAACUGCGAUUUUUAUAAAGGGAGUUGGGUUUACGAUGAAUCGUAUCCUCUUUAUGAUUCACUUCAAUGCCCAUUCAUCCCUGGAGAUUUCCAUUGUCUUAGUAAUGGUCGACCUGACAAACAAUAUCUCAAAUACAGAUGGAGCCCAACUGGAGGAUGUGAUCCACCUAGGUUUGAUGGCCUGGAUUUGGUCAACAGAUUUAAGGGUAAAAAAAUCAUGUUUGUCGGUGACUCAAUCAGUAAUAACCAGUGGGUGUCUUUUGCUUGCAUGAUUUAUGCAGCUAUUCCUAAUGCAAAUUUUACUACUUACCAUGGCGUCCCCAUGGCAUCCAUUAAUUUUACGGAUCCUGAGUAUAACAUUUCUAUACAUUUUAAUUUCAAACCAUUCCUAGUUGAGUUAGAGGAGAUACCUAAACGAAUUAUAAACAUCGACAAUCACAAACCAUUCCUAGUUGAAUUAGAGGAACGAAUUCUAAAGAUCGACACCAUUAGCACUGGUGAUCUGUGGAAAGAAGUAGAUGUUGUGAUCUUCAACACUUGGCACUGGUGGUUCCACAAAGGAAAAAUACAACAUUGGGAUAAAAUUCAGGAAGGAAACAAGACAUACAAAGAUAUAGAUGAUCGUCUCGCUGCUUUUGCAAAAGGUUUAACAACUUGGGGUAAGGAUUGUGGUUUCCCACACACGACUUGUGCAGAUCACACAACACCAAUUAAUGGUACUACAUAUCCUGGAAUUCCAGAACCAGGAGUUGCUGUACUCAAGGAAGUGUUAAGUAAAAUGUCGAAUCCUGUCAUUUUAUUGGACGUGACAACCAUGUCACAACUAAGAAAAGAUGCUCAUCCAUCAUAUUAUACCAAUCAAGGUCGGACGCUUCGUGAUUGUGGCCAUUGGUGUGUGGCUGGGGUACCAGAUACAUGGAAUCAUCUUCUUUAUGCAUCUAUUGUUGGCCGGCCAGAAACAAGAACGCAUAGAGUUGAUAUGAAUUUGCCCAUAUUGAUAACCUAA